AUGCCUAAGCAAGAAUUCUAUGAGAUUUACCCCUCAGGGUGGGAAUCUGACCCUUUGGAUGAGCGCUUUAAGCUAUCCACGCUAGACUAUGUCAGUGCCCAAGUUUUCACUGCCUACGCAGUUUUCUUCAAGCUCGCAGAUGUCAAUAAACCUAAGGCCAUCUCCACACUUAAACGUGGCCUUGAAGUCACGUUGAGCCAAUGUCGUCAGCUAUGUGGCGUGAUCGAAGAACAUCCUGACGGUGGGCUUUGUUUCCACAAGAAACGGGAUAGUACGGUACAAUUCCACGUUCAGUGGCUUGACGACCCCGAGGAUAAUUCUAAAUACCCUUCCUUCGAUGAGCUCGAGAAGCGACACUUCGUUUCUCAGGCACUGGGCGACAUGAAAACCUGGUGUGUGGAUCCAAUGACAUAUGGCGAGAAGCCUGAGGCCCAGCCGAAAAACCACCCCAAGGUAGCUGCAUUCAAGGCAAACUUCAUCCCAGGUGGCUUGGUACUAGUUAUGCAUCACCACCAUUACGCCAAUGAUGUUAUGGGAUGGGCCGGGGAACUGCACCAACUUGCCGAGAACUGCGCGGCCCUUUGGAAAUCGCAAGAAACCCCAAAGCUCCCGCCAUGGGAUUCGGCAUGCCUUGACCUUUCGAGAGUUACUAAACCUGACCCGCCAGAAGAUCAGCGCAUCAACGGACCCACGACUCCUCCCUUGCGGCAUCCUGACCAUAGGGCGGGACAGUGGCUACUCUUUCACCUCCCAAAGAGCAAGUCGGAAGAGUUGAAGAAAUUAGCAAGUCCAGAAGACAAUAGUUAUUGGAUCUCGAGCUAUGAUGCCUAUAUGGCCUAUAUCUGGCGCAUGUUGUCUAAACAUAGGGCUAAGUUAUUUAAGGCGGACCCUAAACAAAAGCUCGAAUGGGGUGAAGCUGUUGAUAUGCGUAGGAGGUUCCAUGAUCCACCAGUGCCGGAACGAAUUCAGGGGAAUAUAGUUUUGGGAACAUCAAGCGAUCGGAGCCCUAUCCCACGUCUUACUACAGAAGAGGUCAUAUCUGAGGCACCCCUUUCGAAGCUGGCUUGGUAUAUACGCCAACUCACCAACAGCAUUACUCAAGAUAGCUUAGACGUUAUGCUCACGACCAUCGCACCGAUCCGCGACAAAACUUCGUUGUUCUAUCGCGUCGAUAGCUUGCCGCCGAUGAGUAACUUCACGAGCGAUUGGAGAAGGACGAAUGUUCCCGACGCGGACUUUGGUUUUGCCAAGCCGCAUGUUUUCCGCUUCCCCUUCGACACUGUCACAGCUGGUCUGUCAAUUGUACAACCAGUAAGGACGGUGGACCCCCCCUCUGGGGAGGAUGAAGGAAACGAGUUCUUGGUCAGCUUCGAAAAGGAAAUAUCCAAGGAUUUAAUUGAAGACCCCGAAUGGAAUAAGUAUUUUGAGUUCAGGGGCGUUGAGUACCAAGAGAGUGGAUAA